ACGAAAAACCGCCUGAUGGCCAACAGAUUCUUGAUGAAUUCUCAUAUCCUUUGCGAACUGAGCUUUGAACUACACGUUCCAAGAACUUUAGCCAGGAUGGGGUGGUCAACCUUGCCAUCAGUGGAUGUACCUGAGGUUUGGAAAAAGAGGGUAAAAUCUGAAUACAUGAGACUUCGUCAGUUACGGCGAUUUCGACGUGCUGAUGCUAUAAAAACUGCAUUUGCAGCAAACAGAAAACUGGUAUCGGAACUUACAGAAGCCGUUGAUGCACGGAUGCAGGGCGAGACGAUACAAGCUUAUCCUGUGUCUAAAACCUGUGCUUACUUAUCUGUAUCUCAGAAGGCAGAAGUGAAAAGUGGAAUGAAUGUAGAAUUAAAGGAGCAGUCAACAGUUAUACAUAUGCUACCAUCCGUUACCAAUGUACCAACUAUGUACAGUUGGGCACCACUCCAGCAGAAUUACAUGGUGGUCGACGGAGAGACGGUGCUGCACAACAUUCCGUACAUGGGCGACGAGUUUCUCGACCAGGACACGUCGUUCAUCGAGGAGCUGAUCAAGAACUACGAGGGCAAGGUGCACGGCGACCGGGGCGCCGAGCCGUGGUCUCAUCGACGACACGCGCGACGCCGCUUCGUAGAACUCGUCAACGCUCUCGUCGCGUUCCAGGACAAGGAGGAGCCUUCCGCCUCCACCGCCGCGUCGUCGCGCGAGACGCGCCUCGGUUCAGAUGCAGGUCCAUCCACUUCUAAAAAUCCAAGCACAUCAAGUGGUCUUAGCACAGUCACUAGAGGAAGCUUCCCUGAGACGGUUACUACCAGGGCCAGUGCUGCUGGAAGCACUUCACGUAGUAUUGAUGCCAGCAAGGUUGCUGGAGAUUCUAUUAGUACUGCUACCACUACAUCUCCUCUCAAAUCCCCUCCACCAGAUGCAAGCACCUCGAAAGUGGGAAUGUCGCAAGCUGGUACAAGUGCUGAUGAGGUAGACAGAUCAAGCUUGACUACACCAUCAGCCAAAGCUGCAUUUCCCAAGGACAUUGUCUUUGAAGCCAUAGCAAGAAUGUUUCCUGAUAAAGGAAAGAGCAUUGACCUGAAGGAAAAGUACCGUGAGCUAACGGAACGCAUUGACCCUCAUUCCCUGCCGCCACAGUGCACUCCCAACAUAGACGGGCCCGAUGCGAAAUCGGUUCUGCGCGAGCAGACCAUGCAUUCCUUCCACACACUGUUCUGCAGGCGCUGCUACAAAUACGACUGCUUUCUACACCCCUAUCAUCCUACUCCAGCGCCAGUAAAAAAGAAACCUGACAUCAAGAUCGACCCAGAACCAUGUGGUCCUGGUUGCUACAAGCAUUUUGUUAAGCUGCAGAAACCAAGGGAACCUAGUGAACCAGACAGCAGCUCUGGAAAAGAAGACUCAAACAAGGAUGAGAACGACAGCGACGGUAGCAGCGUGAAGUCGGAGAGCCUGAGCAGCAAGUCGGCGGGCAAGCACGCGGUGAAGGGCGGCAAGCGCUGCCAGGCACAGCGCUCGCUCACGCACACGCCGUCAAUCGACAUGUCCGAGGAAAGCAACAGCAGCUUCUCGAGCGUGAACCGCAACGUCGACGCGACACCCACCGAGUCUCAAGAGAACAGCCACAUGCACGUGGAGCAGGGAAGAUCCUCCGAGCUGACGGAGGAGUGGUCCGGCUCUGAUGCAUCACUGUUCCGCGCAGAGCAAGGCGUCUUCUUCUCCAACUACUGUGCCAUCGCCACAGUACUAAAGACUAAAACCUGCAGACAGGUUUAUGAAUUUGCACAAAAGGAGGCAGCCGACAUCGUUCACACAGACACAGACUGGGAAAUAACGCCACCUAGGAAGAAAAAGCGAAAACACAGGCUCUGGUCAAUGCAUUGUCGCAAGAUACAGCUGAAGAAGGACAAUUUGGCCAACAAGGUUUACAACUACACACCUUGUUAUCAUCCUGGCAAGGCGUGCGAUAACGACUGCUGCUGCAUUAUGACGCAAAACUUCUGUGAGAAAUUCUGCCGCUGCUCAUCUGACUGUCAGAACCGCUUCCCUGGCUGCCGCUGCAAGGCGCAGUGCAACACGAAGCAGUGUCCCUGCUUCCUCGCUGUGCGCGAGUGCGACCCCGACCUCUGCCUGACGUGCGGCGCCAAUGUCUUCGACACGGACAACAUCGCCUGUAAGAACGUCAGCGUGCAGCGCGGCCUCAGGAAGCAUCUACUGCUGGCGCCCUCUGACGUCGCCGGCUGGGGAAUCUUCCUCAAGGGGUCGGCGCAGAAGAACGAGUUCAUCUCGGAGUACUGCGGCGAGAUCAUCUCCCAGGACGAGGCCGACCGGCGCGGCAAGGUCUACGACAAGUACAUGUGCAGCUUCCUCUUCAAUCUGAACAACGAUUUCGUGGUCGAUGCGACACGGAAGGGAAAUAAGAUUCGCUUUGCCAACCAUUCCAUCAACCCCAACUGUCAGGCGAAGGUGAUGAUGGUGAACGGUGACCAUCGCAUCGGUAUAUUCGCCAAGCGAGCCAUCCAUCGCGGAGAGGAGCUGUUCUUCGACUAUAGGUAUGGGCCUACAGAUGCGUUGAGAUACGUUGGAAUAGAGCGUGAAUUGGAAUUUACCUGACCGAUGUUACAUUUACAACACUGGUUUCUUACACCGGAGAUUACCCUCUAUAUCAGCCUAUAUUAGCCUAUAUAUCUAUAUCAGCAAAUCGUUCCCUGUGGAGAGUUUUGCCAUCGAUGAGUGCCACCAACAUUACUGAAUGGCCGGUGGAUACAUAUCUAAGAAUCAAAUGGCAUGCUCAGUAUUCUUCCUUUUGACGUAUUUGGUAUGAAAUCAUCCAUAUUGUGUUAGGUAUUGAUAAUAACAAUUUGCUUUGUGUUCCAAAUGAGGUGUUUUCUAGCUUAUUUUGAUAGAGGUCCGAAUUUGUAAAACAUAAGCGUCUUAAAGGAGAGAAGAAUAUGUAUAACAACUUUGGGACCGUGUAAAAACUGUAAGUAAAACUGUCAUGAGUGCAUAUAUGCAAAAGAAAAUUAUAGUCGAUUUUUAGAGUCACCGUCAGUGUUGCAGAUCAAUCGGGCUCUUCAGCUUGCUACUCUAUAUUUUCAAUUGGCACCAACGACGGUGCAGAUUCUAUACUAUUGCGUCACUUGACUUGUGUCUAUACUUUUUUGUUAUUCAACCUUUGAGAAGUCAGUUUGACGGUGAAUGUUUGUCAAUGAUCAAUGUGAUGAUGAUGUGUGAAUGUCAUGAUCAUUAGCGUGCACUUUGCUCAGUGCACGUGCUGCCUUGAUCGACCGGUGCUGGCGUGUCGUGUGCUUACGUCGUUCUGUCUCUCAGACUUCAUAGUAAAACGAAGUGUCCUUGUGGUGUUCGAACCUGUCUAUCGUCUUGUAAACGCAAAACAACGACGUAUUUUUCUGUCACAGAUGAAAUGGAUUUUAAGCCGCGUUUGGCGGCUAACAACGAUGAAGUAUUUUAAUCAAACAAACUAAUUAAAUGAUGUUAAUCAACGUUUUAUUUUUAGUAUGAAGUUUGUUGUAUUAAAGUACAUGAGUGCUUAUUAUAGUGAAGGAAUCUCA